UGUUUUAACAGUGUGGAGACGGUUAUACUGUUUUAACAGUGUGGAGACGGUUAUACUGUUUUUCAUCCUGUAUGUCUCUUCUGUUCCAGGCGUCAGUUCCUGCGGAUGUGCUAUGUGUAUGACUUCUCACUGAACGACCUGCUGGCUCCCAAGGUGAAGAGGACGGUGACCAUCCUGAGUGGCAUCAUGAACUACCUUCACUUCAGGAAGCAGAGGCUUGAUAUGACUAUGGGACACCAGGAGAGAUUUAGAGAAGACAUGGACAAGCUUCAGGCUUACUCACGAGGAACUAAAGACGCUCAGAAGAAAAUGGACAAGCUGACUACCAUCCCUCCAGAGCAGCAGGCUGAAGCGAGGGAAUUGGACUCUGCUCUGUCUGACCUGCAGACCAACACCAUGCACCAAUACCAGGAAGUGAAUGCCAUCAAUGAGAAUAUUGCAGAGUGGAAAUCGGAGAUGGCAGAGAAGUCCCAAAAAUUGACCCAGUUGAAGGUUGAUGUGGCCACUCUAAAGGAGAACAUUGGUAAGCUAAAGUCUCAGAUCGUUGAGUCUCCUGAAGAGAUGAAGAUUCAGAUGGAGAAGAUGAAGGAAAACGUGAAGAACAUCAAGCUGGCCAUCGAGAUGGCAGACGAGCGUCUGGUAGGGCUGCAGAGUAAUGUCCAGGGUGUGACUCACAGCGAGGCUGACAUCCAGCUGAUAUUCAAACUACUGCAGGACCUCCAGAGCUCCAUGAACAAGACCCAACAGCACCAGGAAGAGGCCCAGGCUCUGGUGUGUGUGUAUGAGGCACAGCAGAAGGAACUGAAGAACCAUGGUGUGGAGGAGGGCCAGCUGAAGAGAUCUUUAGGGAUGAAGAUGGACAAGGAGUCCAAACAACAUAUACGAAGACAGAAGAAGAAGGAGAUUAAGGAUCAAUACAUUGAGGAUGUACUAGGUCAGUGUGACAAUGUUCACCAGAAGAGGGAGCAGAUAGCGGACCAGAUCCAGGAGAGAGACAGAGAUUCUCAACACCUCCGCAGUCAGAUGACCAACCUGAGGGACACCUGCAGUCAGGAGACUGAGAAAGCUCAGGACCUGUUUGAUCGUCUGCUGGCAGCUCUGGAUCACUUCCAUAAACGCAUACAGAACCACGUCGUCGAGGGCAACAACGACAUCGCCAAGAUGACUGCUAACUUCUAACCCAGUGUAGUUGACUUCUCUACAUCUGUCAUUAGUUUAGCUCAGCUAACUUCUAACCCAGUGUAGUUGACUCCUCUACAUCUGUCAUUAGUUUAGCUCUGCUAACUUCUAACCCAGUGUAGUUGACUUCUCCACAUCUGUCAUUAGUUUAGCUCAGCUCUGCUAACUUCUAACCCAGUGUAGUUGACUUCUCUACAUCUGUCAUUAGUUUAGCUCAGCUCUGCUAACUUCUAACCCAGUGUAGUUGACUUCUCUACAUCUGUCAUUAGUUUAGCUCAGCUCUGCUAACUUCUAACCCAGUGUAGUUGACUUCUCUACAUCUGUCAUUAGUUUAGCUCAGCUCUGCUAACUUCUAACCCAGUGUAGUUGACUUCUCUACAUCUGUCAUUAGUUUAGCUCAGCUCUGCUAACUUCUAACCCAGUGUAGUUGACUUCUCUACAUCUGUCAUUAGUUUAGCUCAGCUCUGCUAACUUCUAACCCAGUGUAGUUGACUUCUCUACAUCUGUCAUUAGUUUAGCUCAGCUCUGCUAACUUCUAACCCAGUGUAGUUGACUUCUCCACAUCUGUCAUUAGCUUAGCUCUGCUAACUUCUAACCCAGUGUAGUUGACUUCUCCACAUCUGUCAUUAGUUUAGCUCAGCUCUGCUAACUUCUAACCCAGUGUAGUUGACUUCUCUACAUCUGUCAUUAGCUUAGCUCUGCUAACUUCUAACCCAGUGUAGUUGACUUCUCCACAUCUGUCAUUAGUUUAGCUCAGCUCUGCUAACUUCUAACCCAGUGUAGUUGACUUCUCUACAUCUGUCAUUAGUUUAGCUCAGCUCUGCUAACUUCUAACCCAGUGUAGUUGACUUCUCUACAUCUGUCAUUAGUUUAGCUCAGCUCUGCUAACUUCUAACCCAGUGUAGUUGACUUCUCUACAUCUGUCAUUAGUUUAGCUCAGCUCUGCUAACUUCUAACCCAGUGUAGUUGACUUCUCCACAUCUGUCAUUAGUUUAGCUCAGCUCUGCUAACUUCUAACCCAGUGUAGUUGACUUCUCUACAUCUGUCAUUAGUUUAGCUCAGCUCUGCUAACUUCUAACCCAGUGUAGUUGACUUCUCUACAUCUGUCAUUAGUUUAGCUCAGCUCUGCUAACUUCUAACCCAGUGUAGUUGACUUCUCUACAUCUGACAUUAGUUUAGCUCAGCUCUGCUAACUUCUAACCCAGUGUAGUUGACUUCUCCACAUCUGUCAUUAGUUUAGCUCUGCUAACUUCUAACCCAGUGUAGUUGACUCCUCUCCAUGUCUUAUUUUGAAAACAUACAAACAUGCAACUUUUAUUUGUGAAUAAAAAUAUCUAUUCUCA